AUGAAUUCUAUGUCACGCCAGAUCGCAAAGGCGAGGGGCAAAGGCGGGGAAGACAGUGCCAAAGUCUCGGUGCUUCUCAAUGAUUUUGAGGAUGCAGAUAACAUGCUCACCAAGAUCAUGGAAGCAUCAAAAGCUUGGAGAGAUGCCUGGGUGUCUAUACUCAACAUACAACUGGGAACCGUAACCGUGUUCGAGGAGCUUUACGAUCCCAUUGUUGGAGCGAGCGAUGGACAUGGCCACGACCCUAUUAUUACACCACAAGAACAACUGGAGCGGACGACCAAAUUGAAGAAUGUCUACGCGGAUUUGAAGACGGAUCUUCUUGAGGAGGUGGUCCUGAUGGAUUCGAGAAUUAUUCGACCUGCGGGUGAUGCGAGAGAAUUCCUCCAACCUCUACGAAAGACGAUCAAGAAGAGAGAAAAUAAACGAAUCGAUUGGGAGCGGUAUAUAGAUAAAGUCAACAGUCUGCAGACUAAAAAGGUAAUACGCAGCGAUCGCGAAAAUGUGGCAUUGGCGAAAGCAGAAGAGGAGCUGUCAAGGGCUUCAGACGCUUUCAAAGUCGCAGACGAGGGUCUAAGACAAACACUCCCUCCUAUUAUAGCUGCAGCAUUUUCAAUUAUUCCCCAUCUUCUGGCCGUACAGAUCAUGAUCCAAAAUACACUAUUAGCUCAAUAUUAUACGGCCCUCCACAACUAUGCCGAAGAGAAUGGAUUCCAAUCCCCUUCACCCCCGAUGAACGAUGUCAUAUCAGUAUGGAACGCAGAUUUCAAACCUAUUCAAGAACAAAUAGAGAGAAUCAACUGUCUUGCUCGAGGAAGGACAGUUCACCAACCCAUGGCUCUGGGAAAUGAUCCUGCGAAACACGGUUCCAUAACUGGACUUGGCCUUCGGAACGGCAUUUCAAACAGACGAGCCACAUCCCAAAGCAAGUUAUCUGAACCUCCAUUACCCAAUCCGGAACCGCGAAUGGGGCGGAUGCCAUCACCCAAUCCACAAAUGCGAAUGGCACGGACGCCAUCCCCCAAUCCACAAAUGCGAAUGGCACGAAUUCCAUCUUCGAAUUCAAUGCUCGUCUCCGCCCCGCCAGCCCCUGAGCCAGCCGGCUCUGCCAACACCCAGUUAUCCAGACUACUCUACGCAUCUCACACCGGUGUCAUCAUAUUCCGCCCACUCACCGGCCGUCCGAGUGGGGACUACUUCCAACGAUCAGCUGCAGCAAAGAAGAAACCGCCCCCGCCACCACCAAAGCGAAUUGGAUCACAAAAUUCCGGUCUCUUUGUAACUGCACUGUAUGCAUUUGAAGGCCAAAACCAAGGAGAUUUAAGUUUUAGAGAAGGUGACCAAAUAAAGAUCAUCAAGAAAACGGACAGUACGGAUGAUUGGUGGGAUGGCGAACUAAGGGGUAGGAAGGGCGCCUUUCCUGCUAAUUAUUGUGAGAUGGCUUGA